AUGGUGGAGAUGCUGCCAACUGCCAUUCUGCUGGUUUUGGCAGUAUCUGUGGUCGCCAAAGAUAACACCACGUGUGAUGGCCCCUGUGGGUUACGGUUCCGGCAGAACCAGCAAGGGGGCGUGCGCAUCGUGGGAGGGCAAACCGCGCCCAUUGGGGCCUGGCCCUGGAUGGUCAGCGUCCAGUUCUUCACCUUCUACAACAGCCGGCGGUACCACUCGUGCGGGGGCAUCCUGCUGAACUCCCACUGGGUGCUGACUGCCGCUCACUGCUUCGCCAACAAGAACAAGGUGUACCACUGGCGACUCAUUUUUGGGGCGAGCGAGGUGAUCUAUGGGCACAACAUGCCCGUGAAGCCACCGAUGCAGGAGCGGUUUGUGGAGAAGAUUGUCAUCCACGAGAAGUACAGCUCUGCCCUGGAGCAGAACGACAUUGCCCUCCUGAAGGUCACCCCGCCUGUGCCCUGUGGCUCCUUCAUCGGACCAGCCUGCCUGCCCCGUUUCAAAGCAGGGCCCCCCACCAUUCCCCAGGCCUGCUGGGUGGCUGGCUGGGGAUAUGUACGUGAGAGCGCUCUCAGGCCAUCACCCAUACUGCGGGAAGCCCGUGUGAGCCUCAUCGACCUGGAGUUAUGCAACUCGACCGAAUGGUACAACGGGCGCAUACGCUCAACCCAAGUGUGCGCAGGCUUUCCUCAAGGCAACAUUGACACCUGCCAGGGGGACAGUGGCGGGCCACUCAUGUGCAAAGACAACGUGGAAAACAUCUUCGUGGUCGUGGGAAUCACAAGCUGGGGGGUAGGCUGUGCCCGCGCCAAGCGUCCUGGUGUCUACACAUCGACCUGGUCGUACCUGGACUGGAUCGCUUCCAAGAUUGGUUCUAACGUCUUGCACAAUAUUCAACCUGGCACCCCUCCCCCUCCGACGCCUAUAAAAGUUCCUGUUCGGCCCCCCACUGCCCAGUCCUCCUCUCAUCCUCCCUGGUAUUACCAACGCCCUCCUCAACCCAACCCCCUACAUAUGCCUGCAGUCCAACCCCCACCCCCACCUCCAUCCCUGCCCCCGCCCUCGCCUCAGUCUCCGCCUGCACACCCACCCACCCACCCACACUCACACUCACACCCACAGAAACCCCUACAACCUCCACCUCCACCCCCGCCUCCUACCACCCCUUCCCAAGCACUGUCUUUUGCCAAACGCCUUCGGUUCCUCAUAGAGACCUUAAAGGGUAGGAGCUAUUAUGACAUAGAAGAAAUAGAGAUCUCCGAACCUGCCUCCUCCCUCUGA